AUGAACAGCAACAUCAACUCCAUGAGACGGCCAUCAAAUUGUCAGAAUGCGCAUGGUGCGGUCGUAAACGAACCGGAUCGGCUACAAGAUGGAUUCCAGGGCAGUCUCGAGGAUGCUGCAUCCACUCAUGGCUGCUCCAUAUUAAAUCGUUCAGAAUCAGGUACUGCAAUAACGGAGAGCUCCUAUGAAGCGAUCGGAGCAGAAACAGCUAAAGCCAGCUCUAGUCCGCUUGCUAUGAGGCCAACUCAGGCUCAAACAUCCAGUUGCAUCACGAGUGAAGAUCCUCCGAAUCAAUCCACUGAGGCCACGGGACUUCAAGCUGCUGCUGAACACAGCCACCUUGAAUCAGUAGACAAGAUGUUUACGUAUGAAAGUGUGUCCUACAUUCAUCCACUACGGCCUAUUAAUCAGACGGCGGCAGUGACUUCCGCUGCUGCUUCAAUGGACAAAAGAAAGAUUCGAACCAAAGAUGAGAGCGCAGAUGACAGCCAAAUACCCCUGCAGGUGUAUUGCCUGGCAGGUGAACCUCGCCCAAGUAUUGAAGAUGGUGCAUACGAGAACGCACACCAGAAGACUGCAUAUGACCAGGAUUCAAUCCGGAUCAGUACGAUAACGUCAAGUUUGUUGGCGGAGCUGGGAAGCACCGGACCACUCCAGCAAAUACAGGAGAGUCUAUCUACGACAACGAAGUGAUACUU